GACGCGAAUAGAGGCGAAUUUCCGUCGGAAAAACCUGUGGCGCGAAUCGAUGAAAUAGCCUAGGCCUAUUUGAUAUUUUCAGCGAAUUUCGCUUGAUGCUUUGUCGUGACAGCCUAUCAGCAUUCACUCCCUGAAGUACUUCCUCAAAUCGAGAGUCGCAAUGAUGUCUAUCUCGACCAUUUGUGAGAAUGAAUUUGCGGAAAUAAACGUUGUGGUGUGAACACACAGUAAGGUGCAUUGUCUUGAAGAUAAUUUUGUGUUUUUCUGCAUGUGGGAAAUUAGGUCGAGAUUCACUUUUUAUAAAGAGCACUUCAUCAUCACCUUGGAUUUAAUAACAACAGUGAUAUAAUAUUUUCUCGUCUCCCUCUCUUGAAGCCAUGUGGGGACGUUUGGUUGUGUUGCUAGCUCUAAUAGGUGGCACUCUUUCACUGGACAAACUGAACAUGUGCAUGGAUGCCAAACACCACAAAACUCAGCCUGGAGUUGAAGGACAACUUUACCGGCAGUGUUCUCCUUGGAAAGACAACGCAUGUUGCACAGCAAACACCAGCGCAGAGGCUCAUGAUGAUAACUCCUACCUUUACAACUUUAACUGGAACCACUGUGGCAUCAUGUCAGCCAAAUGCAAGAAACACUUCGUCCAGGACACCUGCUUCUACGAGUGCUCACCGCAUCUGGGACCAUGGAUACAGCCGGUAAGUCUAGAAAUGGUGGAUCAGUCCUGGCGUAAGGAGCGCAUCCUUGAUGUGCCCUUGUGUAAGGAAGACUGCCACACCUGGUGGGACGACUGUAAGGAUGACCUUACCUGCAAGACCGACUGGCACCGUGGAUGGGACUGGAAAUCUGGAAUCAACCAGUGCCCACAGAACGCACACUGCAAAAAGUGGACAGAAGUUUACCCCACAGCUAAGUCCAUGUGUGAGCAGAUCUGGUCCGAGUCAUACCUCUACACUGAACUCACCAAGGAGUCUGGCAAAUGCAUGCAACUGUGGUUCACUGGGACCAACCCAAACAAAAAGGUGGCUGAAUACUACUUGAACAAGGGCUGCGGCACACAUCACAACUUGUUCCUUGUGACAUUUCUUUUGCUGUCUGUCACUUCACUGAAUGGGUUGUUUUGAAUACAUUAGACAAAGAGAGUUGUCAUGCUACAUGCCUCAACAUGGUCUCUGUCUCUUUGUUUGUCUCUCCAAUGGUACAACAAAUAUUUGUGUCUGCUGAUGUGCGGGACUGUAAAUUACAGAAAUGUUAUUUUCUAUAUCGUGCUUCCAGUGUCAUGUAGGUGUGAUCCUAACAUGGGAUACAAUUAAAGCAAUUCAAGGACUCAUGUGAAAUGGGUACCAUGACUUUCCAUAUUUUAUAGUUAGCUAUCAAAUCUAAAAGGUCUAUAGUGAUUAAAGACAAACUUAAUAUGUAACUUGUUAUUGCCUGCUGCUACUUUGUCCUAUACUCAAACUACUCAAAUAUGCUUACAAAGUAAUUGCUCUUCCAUCCUUGUUCAAACAACCAUAAUA